CGCCGUGCCGUGCCGCUCGGCUCCGCUCCUCUCCGCGCCGCGCCGCCGGGGGGCCGAGCAGCGUGUCCACCUGCCGACCUCGCCGCCCGUCAGUCCCGCCAUGGCGCUCGGCGGGGUCGGUCGCGGCGGCGCGGCGCGAGCCGCCUGGCCGCGGCUGCUGGUGGUGGCGGCGGCGGCGGCGCUGGCGCUGGCGGGGCCGGCGCUGCCCGAGGUGCUGUUCCGUUGCCCGCCUUGCACGGCGGAGCGCCUGGCCGCCUGCCCCCCGGCCGCCCGCCCGCCCUGCCCCGAACUGGUCCGGGAGCCGGGCUGCGGCUGCUGCCCGGUGUGCGCCCGCCUGGAGGCCGAGGCGUGCGGCGUCUACACGCCGCGCUGCGCCGCCGGCUUGCGCUGCUACCCUGACCCCGGCGCCGAGCUGCCCCUUCAAGCCCUGGUGCAGGGGCAGGGCACCUGCGCCCGCCGCCGCGACACGGCCGAGUACGGCGCCAGCGCCGAGCGCCCCGCAGACAACGGCGACGACCGGUCCGAGAGUAUCCUUGCUGAGAAUCACGUGGAUGGCACCCCAGGGAUCCUGAGUGGAGCCAGUGGGAGGAAGCCCAUGAAGACAGGCAUGAAGGAACUGGCAGUUAUGAGGGAGAAGGUGAACGAGCAGCAGCGACAGAUGGGCAAAGUCGGCAAGCCCCAUCACAACCAUGAGGACUCCAAGAAGUCACGGCUGUCUACAGGCAGGACUCCUUGUCAGCAGGAGCUCGAUCAGGUCCUGGAACGCAUCUCCACUAUGCGGCUGCCAGAUGAGCGAGGUCCCCUGGAGCACCUCUACUCCCUCCACAUCCCCAACUGUGACAAGCAUGGCUUGUACAAUCUCAAACAGUGCAAGAUGUCGGUGAACGGGCAGCGUGGCGAGUGCUGGUGUGUGGACCCCAUCCAUGGGAAGGUGAUCCAGGGUGCACCCACCAUCCGCGGGGACCCCGAGUGCCACCUCUUCUACACAGCCCACGAGCAGGAGGACCGGGGAGCACACGCCCUGCGGAGCCAGUAGAUGGACGUGAUCCUGCUUGCUGGAGGCAGCUAACGGCGGCCCCACUGCCGGAUUUUACAUGGGUUUCAGCAUGUCUUUGUAGGCUCUGGAAGAGGCUGGGGUUGGGUCCUGCGUGCUGCCCUCCUUCCCCUGCUGCCCAACUCCUGGGGAGGGGAGGGGUGGUGGAGUUCUGCAAGGAGAAGGGACUGCUUUCCUAUAGUCUUUCACCCAACCUAAGUCAGAGAACCGGUCUUUUUUUGCUCCUCACCCUGUGGCCCUGCCUUCCCUGCUGCUUUGCGGCAUCUUCCCGCACCCUCCAGCACAAAGUGCCGUGUGCUCCCCAACACCUCCCAGGGGACAUAACCCCCAUGCUGUGGGCAGGAGUGGGACAAAAAGCAAAGGAAAAACCUCACCCUUUCCCCCUCUUUCUCUCCCAUCCCCAAGACCAAAGACUGUAAAUACUGUGUCGCCUGCCUCUUGCAUCCCACCAGUCCCCUGUGCCCCAGCCUAGCCAUCAAGUCUUGGCAUGGGAUGCAGUGUGGGAGGGAGGGAAAGAGGAAAGUCCCCAUCUUCCCAGCUAGAACAUGCUGAUGCAGUUGGGAUGCAUCCUCCAAGGAGGCAAUAGUGAGGGAAAAGGCUAAGGAUGAGAAAGCCCCUGCCAAACACUCCUGGGUGCUUUCCUUCCUGGUGUUGGGGCACGGUCAACCCCACAGGGACCUGGCUUCAGCCCCUUGUCUGGGGGGAUGUGGCCUGUGGGUGACAACAAAGCUAAAUGUUUGGUUUUCCAGGGAGUCUGAAGGGCUGUUGCCCAGUAUUUCUUAGGAUCAGCUUAUGCUGAGGGAGCUCAAGUGAACUUGCUGGGGCUGGGUGGAAGGAUGCCUGUGUAGAUUUAGAAUAACAAGCUAGGGAGUGUCUUUCCCUUUCUCUCUCUCUCUCAUUUCUAGAUAGGAAAAACCCAUCUAAAAUCUGCACUCCCAAGCAGCUGCCCUUGUCCCUCCAUUUUUGCUGGGGACUGGAGUGAGCAUCUGCUAUUCUGCACACACUUUUUUGUAAGUAAAUUACAGUAUAUAUCUUGCUUUGGAAAGGCCCUCACACACAUGCAGCCCUCUGCCACACACACAUUUGUAUAGAUUAAAUUCAAGUGAUUCCAGGUGCUCUGACAGGUUUUGUGCUGGACAUGCUGCUCCAAGGAGAGAUGUCUCUGCUGUUAUUUCACCUGUUGAUUUCUUUCUGUACAGAACACAUCGAUGCUGAGAAUAAAUAACUUCCCCAUCACCUAAGCAAGAAGAUUUUACUAUUUUCUUUCCUUUUAUUUUUUUCUCCUCCUCCUUUUUAAUAUAGAUACCAUUUGCAAAGCAAUUGCAAAAAUUCCUAUCCUGACAGCAGAAGUCUGAAGCUUCCCUUAAAUGAAAUCAAAGGAAUAAAUUAUCUCAGUUUCUGGCAGAUGCUUCUGAGCCUUGAGAUCCCAGGUCCUCCACAGAGUUAGGUUGAAUAAGGUGGUGGAGGGAGGUUCCUUGCUGAGUGUGCGUGCUGGCAGGGAGUACACUGUGUCUGCAUGAUGUGGGCCAGGCAGCAAAGCUACCUGACUCUGAUAGCAACCUGCAGGGAUGGGACCAGGCCCUGGUGACUCCUAGCAUGCUCCAGAAACACCAGACAGUCCUGGAGAAAUACCACAUCGGGAUCCCCACCACUGAUAGCCCUUUCUUGGCUCCUCAUUUCAGAUCCUCAAUGCAAAGGGCUUAAGCAGUCUCAGCAAAUGAAGCCCCUUGAGACUUUGCAGGGGGUUUGGGUGUGGCAGUGGAGGAGAUGGGGAAAAGAACCCUUUAGAAAGUUAGGAGUGGGGGUAUGUGCAUGAGGGGAUGUGUGUCAGAAGGAGUUGAGAGCACAUGAGAGAGAAAGAAAACACACCUGCAUGCAAAGCCAAGUAACUGUACAAACAAUGCUACCUGCUCCUGUUAACCUCGGAGGGCUUUCUGCUUUUUCGUGUAAGCCUUGCACACACUGGCUCUCAGCUGCAGUUUGUACUUUUGUUUUGUUUAGCAAUAAGGGAUUUUUCAUUUGUGUUUUUCUCUUUUGGAAAAGCUGAGCUGCAUAAGGUUGGAAUAAAUUAAAUGGGAUGCCAGAAAACUGUCAUCUUCUCCCCUCCCCCCUCCCUCUCUUUUCACAGGACAUGAGUCCUUGUUUGAUGCAUCACACCCAAAUUUGGGCCUCUUCAGCUUUUGUCCAGGGGGUGUUGUAAACACUGCGCCCAACAAGUGGCAGUGGGAGUUGGGCCUUUCAUUGUUACUGUCCCAGUUGUACAAGCAGGGUGGAACUGGUGUCAUUCAUCUGCUGGCCCUAUGGUCCUAUUCCACACAUGGUACUUUAUGAGUCUGCAAAAUGCAGCCAUGCCCUCAAGUCCUCUUGAGUCACCAUCUGGCCAGCAUAUGUGUGGAGACCACCUCCCUGCCUGACAGGAGCUAAAUUUGGUGGAAAAGGGUGGUUGUGUCCCACUUUCCUGGGCAGAGGAUGGCAGGGUGAAUGCUCUGUCCAGGGUGGUGCACACAAAGCUCCCUGAACUGCUGAGAGGCUGUAUGAGAGCAAUAGUUCCCUGCUCCUUGAGCAGGGAAGCAGCUUAUCAAGUGAAGGUCCCUCUUACCCAGCACAAGGACUUCAGAGACUUUGGCAGAUGCUUGGGCAAAGGCUCUUUCCAGCUGCCCAACCUUGCUAUUUCAGGGGCACCUUGAGUUGGCAGUUGCAUCCAAGUGUGCUGUUUAUUAGCCAGCAGAUGGACCUGUUCUCCGUGAAUCAUCCAGGCUUAAGCAUCUUGCUGUGAUUUGCAUCUCCUCUGCACACCAUGGCUUCCUUGGCUGUGUGGGACACUGCAGGGAGAAACUCUCCAUGGGGGGACCCUCCAAGGGCUCUCUCCAUUGCUUGCUC